AUGGAAUCGUCGGGCAAUGCAGCGGAGACUGCGAUCUCAGCAUUGAAAGCACGCAAUUUGCCCAUCAAGAGAGACGAGAUUGAGGCCGCGUUCAGCCGUGGGACUACAGAGAGCUACAGCCAUGAUCAAUGGGUCGCUGAGCAUCUGACGGGCGAGACGCUGCUCUCGCAAGAGGAGCUUCAAUUGUAUUCAAAAUUGGAAGCUUCAGGGACUCUCCAGACACUGCUCCAGAACGUGAGUGUCGACGCCGUGCCGGUCUUUCAGGACCGUCAUAUUCAAGACGCGAUCGGCAGUCUGAGAGAUUCGUCGGUAGCGAUCCAGAAGCAGACUGAGACGCUUACGUUGCUGAGCGAUGCGUUGGACAAGAAUCUGCGCGUUGAAUGCGAACGAGGUCAACGCCGGUCAAGGAACACCGUCUCGGUGCGCAAAACGCACGAAUCAGCCAGGCAGGCCAUUGAUGUUGCUUCCGGUCAUUUAUCGCAUGAAUUGGGAACCAAACUGGCAAAUGAAGUAGACACGGCGGCAGCAGAGGGCAAGAAAAUGCUUGCAUCCGUGACAGCGAGGCUCAAAGAAGAUGACCGGACGCUGGCAGCGCUAGAGGAAAGCCUUGCAGUGACCAGGUCAGCAGAAGGAAGUAUUGCUGCCGAGCAGGUCGACGAGCUAUGUUCUGCUCUCGCAGAAUUCCUGGGUGAAGAGAUUCGCGGACGGCUAGACAGACUAUACCUGGAAGCCACACAGGAUAGCAAUUCGGAUGCUGGCCACACCGUCACUGACAUGGAGACGAUUGUUGCUGCCUUGGAAGAGGAGCUGGACUCUUUGUACCCGGAAAUCGAUGUUCUGGCCUCGAUGGCGACCAAGCAGCAGUUCGGCGAGCCUAUCAUCCAGCGCCUUCAGCAGCAGGACUCUCGAAUGCGCCUUGUCUCCCAUCAAAGACUAGAAAGGGGCCUUGAGGCAGUUAUGCAGAUGACGGCUACGAUAGCAGACAUGACUGAACGGCUGGAAGUACGUGAGUCGUCCUACAAGACCACACAGGCGCUUCUCGCCAGCUACCAGUCGGAAAUAGAGGUUCCAAAACCUAAGAACAAACGGUCGCGCAGAGAAACAAUGUUGCGACGGUCGGCCGGGCCAUCUUCAUUGCUCCUCAGCUCUCCCAUGAAGGGUAGCAGCCAUGGCGAAGACAUGCCGGCUCUGGAAAGCCUGCUGCGCCGCCUGGGGAUACCCAGUGAAGCUGCGGUCCAAUCGCAGACACAGCAAGCCGUGCUCAGCGACCAAAAAGCUCAUAUGCUGGACGGCCAGCAUCAUUUUGCAGUCGCCGCAGAUGCGCCACUAGCCGCGGAGCUCCAUGCGACUGAUUGUGCAUCCCAGCUGCUCCACUCCGCUCUCCAUGCGGAUUCGCAAUUCCAAGCGUCGCUGUCGAGCAGGGAUCAAGCUUCACGGCUUGCUGGGCUGGAGAAGGAGCUGGGAACCCUGCGAAGAGGAAUGGAGGGACUGAAACUCGACGCCCUCUACCAGGACGACCGGCAACACGGAAGAUUUAUAGAACGGUGGACGUGA